GGCGGGGAUUCCCCACGCCCCCACACGCCUCCCCCCUCUCCACUCCACCCGGCCGCACUUCACCGCACUUCCUCCUCCUCACCCACCUACCUCAGCAGCCUCAGCGGGAGCGCGCCAUCGAUCCAUGGAGUUCUACGUCGACGAGAAGUGGAAGUUCUCCAAGAAGAGCCGGAACAACGGGAGCCGGCGCGUGCCGGGGGCCGGGGCCGGCGGCGGGGACCAUUUCCUCAAGCGGUCGUCCAGCAUGCGGGACGGCGUCCAGGCGAUCGGCCGGCGCGGGAGCGGCGCCGGCGCCGCGGCGGGCGGCGGGUGCGGCGCGCCGCAGCCGUCCUUCUCCAGCCGGUGCGCGGGGCUCGUCAAGGAGCAGCGGGCGCGCUUCUACAUCAUGCGCCGCUGCGUCACCAUGCUCGUCUGCUGGAAGGACUGCUCGUAGCCGCCGCGGCCGGCCGGCGGAGAAGCUCGGCCCCCCUCCCUCCCCUCGUCCUCCCACCCGCAGUUUCUCCGCCAAGAUCAGAGUGUCACGCACGGGGGCACAAGCAAAGCGAGGGACGUGGCGAAGAAGGCGGAUUAGGUGAUGUGUGUAUAGAUCAGUCCUGAAUCCUUUCUUCUUCUUUUUUUACCUCCCGUUUCUGGGAUGUUUUGUUGAUUACUAGCGCUCGAUUAGGUAGUAGUGAAUAGUACAGUACUUAGUGCUGCGAUGUAGAUGUGGAAUCGUGGACAGUUUUGGGAUCUCCUCCUUCAAGGGGAGAUCAGGGGAGGGAGAUCUCUCUGGGUGAAUUGGUGAUAGCGAGGGAGGAGACGACUGGAUGCAAGACAGCAAGAGGCAUCAUACGGAUGAGGGAGGAAGAGCAGACUGGCAGGGGGAGGCAGCCAGGGCAGUAAAUGGGGAUGGUGACAGUGAUGGCACCCCUUUUUUCCUUUGUCCUCACCCUUUUGGGACUGCCAUUUCCGGCGUGGCCAUCUGACGGCCUCCAUUAUUGCACUUGCUUGCUGCUCCCCUCCUCGUUCAGCUCCUCAUCUCCAAUCUUCACCUCGCCUUGGAGCUCUCUGGCUCUCCGCCCAGCAAGCACGCAGAGGCGCACAUGUUUAGCAGCGAGAGAAGACUGCAGGGGAUGUACUAGUACUAGCCCUCCACGCUGAUCUGAGCCCAAAUCACUUGUUAAUUGGCGCGGCAAUCAGAUUACGUCAGCCUCCAGUGCCUUGAUCCCA